AAAGAGAGAGAGAGAAUGGGUUCUUCAUCUUCAUCAAUUGGGUUAUGUUUGUUCCUCUUCUUCACACUUGCUUUCGUCUCUUCUGCUCGCCUCAGUCUUGCAUUUCCGGAAAAUGAAAUGACGGUGGUGAGAGAGCGGUCAUUGAUAGUGAGCACCAACGACUAUGGUGAGCCUUCAGCUAAUGUCAGACAUGAUCCACCACGUGGCGGCCGAGGCCGUUGAGAGGAUAACAAUUUUUUGUUUCUUUCUUAAUUUUCCAUAUCUUUCUUGCAAGCUUGCAAAUAAUCUAUGUAUAUUGAUAGAGGAAUAAAAAUGAUAUAUGUAAACUCAGAUUGACAGAGAGUAAUAUAUAACACAUUGUUUG